AUACUAAUUAAUCGAUUGUAAUGAUUGUUUUAAAAUAUAAACGAUUUCGUAGGAAAGGAGCUAAAUAAUGUGUGUCAUGGCAAUCUGUCAGGACCUGAAGCUACUCCUUCCGCCAAGGCCUGGUCUCCGCAGAGUGUCUGUUGCCGUCAUGUCGGCUGCGAUUGCAGCUCUGGCUGCUUCGUAUGGUUCGGGUUCAGGGUCCGAAUCGGACUCGGACAGUGAGGGUGGACGGUGUUCGCUGCCAGCCGCGGACUCCCUUAUGCACUUGACUAAAUCGUCUUCAGAUAAGUCCUCUCUGGCAGUGGCGGUGGACUCCGCUCCGGAGGUGGCAGUUAAGGAAGAUUUGGAGACUGGAGUUCACCUUGACCCUGCUGUCAAAGAGGUUCAGUAUAAUCCUACCUAUGAGACCAUGUUUGCUCCUGAGUUUGGACCAGAAAAUCCCUUCAGAACACAGCAAAUGGCUGCCCCUAGAAAUAUGCUUUCUGGAUAUGCUGAACCAGCCCAUAUCAAUGACUUUAUGUUUGAACAGCAAAGAAGAACUUUUGCCACGUACGGUUAUGCAUUGGACCCUUCAUUAGAUAGCCAUCAAGUGUCUACUAAGUAUAUUGGUUCUGUAGAAGAAGCAGAAAAAAAUCAAGGUUUAACUGUGUUUGAAACGGGUCAGAAGAAAAUAGAAAAGAGGAAAAAAUUCAAAGAAAAUGAUGCAUCUAAUAUUGAUGGUUUCUUGGGACCGUGGGCAAAAUAUGUGGAUGAAAAAGAUGUAGCCAAACCUUCAGAAGAAGAACAAAAAGAAUUGGAUGAAAUUACAGCAAAGAGGCAGAAAAAAGGCAAACAGGAAGAAGAGAAACCUGGAGAGGAAAAGACAAUCUUACAUGUUAAAGAAAUGUAUGACUAUCAAGGCAGGUCCUAUCUUCACAUACCUCAGGAUGUUGGUGUUAAUCUGCGGUCACCUGUGCCACCUGAGAAGUGUUAUCUUCCCAAAAAACAAAUUCACGUGUGGUCCGGACACACAAAGGGCGUCAGUGCAGUCAGAUUGUUUCCCCUCUCUGGCCAUUUGUUGCUGUCUUGUUCCAUGGACUGUAAAAUUAAGCUGUGGGAGGUUUAUGGAGACAGGCGCUGCCUGCGAACAUUUAUUGGUCACAGUAAAGCUGUUAGGGACAUCUGCUUUAAUACUGCAGGAACACAGUUCCUCAGUGCAGCUUAUGACAGGUAUCUUAAGCUCUGGGACACUGAGACAGGACAGUGUAUAUCAAGAUUUACAAACCGAAAAGUACCCUAUUGUGUCAAAUUUAAUCCUGAUGAAGAUAAGCAAAAUCUCUUUGUGGCUGGGAUGUCUGAUAAAAAGAUUGUGCAAUGGGACAUUCGAAGUGGAGAAAUUGUACAGGAAUAUGAUCGGCAUUUGGGAGCUGUCAACACCAUUGUUUUUGUUGAUGAGAAUAGGAGAUUUGUGAGCACAUCUGAUGAUAAGAGCCUAAGAGUUUGGGAAUGGGAUAUCCCUGUGGAUUUCAAGUAUAUAGCAGAACCCAGCAUGCACUCAAUGCCUGCAGUGACUUUGUCGCCAAAUGGGAAAUGGCUAGCGUGCCAAUCAAUGGACAACCAAAUCUUAAUUUUUGGAGCACAGAACAGAUUUAGAUUAAAUAAGAAAAAAAUAUUUAAGGGCCAUAUGGUAGCAGGCUAUGCGUGUCAGGUAGACUUUUCACCAGACAUGAGCUAUGUGAUUUCAGGAGAUGGAAAUGGAAAAUUAAACAUCUGGGACUGGAAGACCACAAAACUCUACAGUAGAUUCAAAGCUCAUGAUAAAGUGUGUAUAGGUGCAGUGUGGCAUCCUCAUGAAACAUCUAAAGUCAUAACUUGUGGUUGGGAUGGUCUCAUUAAAUUGUGGGAUUAAUGGUAUUAAUCCUUAUACUAUCUGGGAUCAUUUUUGAUCCAACAUCAUAUUUAACUAUAUUUAAUUAUUAAAUGUGUUGAAUGACAAUUUGAUUUACAGAUUAUGAUUUUCUUAUGUGGCCUUAUGAAGUUGAACCAUUGUUUAAAAA